AUGAGACCUCAUGCUGAAAUCAGAUUCAUAUGUGAUGCAGCUGACAAGUUAAUAAACAGUGAAUUAUCAUAUGAGAAGAGGGUAAUUGUGGAAGAUGAUGUUUUUCAACACUUGAAAGGACUAAAGGAGGAUAAAGCUAUUGCUUUAUUGAGAUACAUGUGGUUACAUCUAUCUAAGCAUCCUUUAGCGGAGCAUUAUAAACUUUUGCAGAAACCAAAAUUAAAAACUGAUAAAUUGACGGAAUAUUAUGAACAUUUUGGAUCUACUUGGCCGAAGGCUGAUACAACUUUACCCACAGUUCCUAAAAGUAGAGUUGAACGUCGAAUACAAGAGUUGAGGAAAAAAGAUAUUCGACUGGAUGGAACAAUUUCAGGGUCCUCAUAUAUUUGGAAUUACCAAUGUUAUAAUUGCUUAGGACUUGGACAUGCGAGGAGUGAAUGCAGUAGUCCAAUCAGAGUAGGAAGUAUUCCUAAUGUCAAGAGCAAAAUGCUGAGAUACUUCGAUAUGACUAAUCAUAGAAACAUGAAGGAAAAAAUUGUCUGGCAAUUUUGA